UUUAGGUCCUAUUUUAAGUUGCAGACGUUGCCCGCUUUCUGGGAGGGACCGUUUUGUGAACGGGCCAGUGUGUGGAGUCUGCAGGAAAACCGCUGGAUGCCCACAGACACCGGGGGCACAGGCACACACAUUACUUCUUCUGUCUACGAAACGAAGCUACCUCGCUACGUAGGCCGAUUUGAAUGUUUCUGGGUCACAUGGCCAAACCACACUCUGCUUAAAAUGCAACGUGUGUGGUUUCAGUGACUUAAGACUGAACUGUCUUCCUUACAGGACCGUCGGUCUGUGCUUGCCGUUUCCAGCGAGCCCAGAGCAGCUGAAGGAGAGCGCAGGCUGGAGACGAAGGAGGUGCGCGGGCCCCCCGCACAGCAUUUCGACCUGGAAGUGACUGAGCAGACUGCUCAGGUCUUCCUCACUAAGCAAAGACCAAUAGUGGCUCUAGUUCUGUGUCCUGAAGAUGGAGCCAGAGCAGGCUUAUCAACUGUCAGCACACACAUCUGGGCGCCAACCGAAGCUGCCAGGGGCGCUCCUCGCCCUGGGUCUCCAUCCUAGGGCACAGACGUGGAGAGCUUUUGGUCUGGCAGAGUACAAUGAACGUCUUACAGGAGGCACAUCUGGAACGUAUACGUUUCAUGGGGCACGAAGCCUAGAAUGGGGGGGUCUCUUUCCACAACCGUGGUGGGGUGGGGCGGGGAGCCCAGACCCGGAGGUGUUCCACCCAGAGGGUGGAGCCUAGAAAGGAAGGGGAAGGUUCAAGUUUUCAAAGCAAGCAGGGGCAGCCAACCUUCUGCACAAGACAGGCUUUGUGUUCAGGUGAUGCUCAGUGUGGCUCUCUGUGACCACCUGAAUCCCCUCUGUAAGUGGAAACCCCACGUGCCACCUCGUCUGACAGGAUCUUCACAAAGAUGCUCAGGGGUGACAUGCUGCUGACACACACCCAGGAGCUGAUUAAUUUGUGCAAGACCACUAUGGAGUGAACUGCUGGGCUGUCUACCGCACAGAGGGGCGGUGUUCACCUGCUGCUGGGACAGGGCAAUGACGGAAGCCCACGGAGCAGAGCCCUCCAGGACCUCUGGGGACAGGGCUGGGCCCUGCACGUGCCCCUCAGUCGGGGGCCUGAGGAAGGUCAGGGCAGCAGAGGACGGGGCUGGACAUAAGAGCUAGGGAUGACAGGGCAGAAACUGCCGGGGGAGGAGUCUGCAGCACCACAGCACCCCCUCGCCAGGCACUGCGGUCCAGAGCACAGGACGUGGCAUCACCGCAGGGGCCGUGUGGGGAAGGACAGAAACAAGGGUCUGGCAGCCAGCCUGGCCGUACGGCAUGCCACGGCCCUCACAGAGCGCCAGCGUCAGAUGCCAUCCUGGGAGCGGCAUGAAGCACACCGCAGAAGGCCACAGAACAUCAACACCCUCCCGUCUGGUCCAAAUGUGCGCUCCGCCCCUUUACCAGUGAUGCCACACCCACCCUCAGGCAAGACCACGCAGGACCCCGGUCCUGGUACGGCCCCCACUUUCUGACAGACAGCGUCCACUUCCUCAGACCCUCCUCCAAAUCACCCACCCAACCCCAAAUCCUACAGCAGGCCCCUCUGCUGCAAUGCUCCAUGGGGCACACGGUCUGGCUCACCCCAUCCGGUGCCAGGUACCAGCUACAGGUGUUCUCGCGCUAAGGCACUGAUGGCCCAUGAGGGCAGGACAGUGGCGGCCAGCGGCCAGGGCCAGUCUCCUCACGAGUGCUCGCUCAGACACGGCCGAGAUGAGCUCCCACAACAUGUCGUGGGUCCGGUACCCAAGCCACGUCUCCACGGCAGUUGAAGACGUCAUCACUGCGCAGAGCAUCGUCUCUAGGUGCCUGCACGUCUACAUGGCCCUGUGUGUCCCGUUGAGCUUGGCGGCUGGGCUCUUCAACCUGACCACCUUCAUCAAGGGCCGUGCCAGGCAGGGGGGCCUGGACGCAUUCCUCUCAGACCUCACGGUCACCCACGUGCUGGUGACGCUGCUCUCCCUCACCACCGUCAGCCGGCCAGACUACAUGGUCACCACCAACCUGGGCUGUGCUGUCCUCUCCUUCCUGGCCAACGUCUGCUACUUCAACGGGCAGUACGUGCAGCUGGUGAUGCUCUUUGCGUUCCUGCUGCAGGGCUCCGCGCCCUGCCUGCGCACGGCCACCAAGGCGGCCCAGAGGCCCGUGGAGAGCCUGGCUGUCAUUGGGGGCUGUGCCUUCUGCAGCUCCCUGGGACUGGCAGCCCUGCUGGGCACAUCUGGAGAGCUGUCCAGAAGCACCCUGUGCCAGGUGGACCCGCUGACCGCCUGGCCCGAGUAUGAAAUCGUCAAGGUCAGCCUGGGCUUCGGGCUGGCCCUCGUCCUGAAGCUGGUGUUCUUCAUCCUGCUCCUUGUCCAGCUGGCCUGGCGGGCGGCCGCCCCCCAGAGGGAUGCGGCCUCCACUCCUCGAGUCGUGCUGGCCACGGCCCUGACCACGUUUGCCUGCCGCCUCCCCUACAACAUCGCACUCCUGCAACGGGCCCGGCUGAAGCUGCAGAGGGACAUCGGCUCCCCAAGGGACGAGCUCCUCAUGAGCCUGGCAGAGCUGGUCCUGUUUGGGGAGAGCGGCGUGAAUUCCCUGGCCACCCUCUUCCUCCACCGGCCCUGCAGGCUGGCACUGCUGAGCGUUCCGGAGCGCCUCACCCGAUGGUGCAGGAAGGGAGAGCCCAGCGACAGCUUCUCCUUAAAGAGAGUUGGGGGUUAAGGCAGGGCCCCGCCUGCAGCAGACGAGCAAGCCGGACAAGUGAGGGGGUCUUUCUGGCAGUGAGGGAACAGAACCAUUUGCUACAACUCCAAUCUGCAUGGUGAGCGCCAACAGGGGGUGACGGGAUGGCCUGGAAGGCGCUGCCAAAUAACUGCCUGGCAUUCGGCUCUGCAUACGCAAACGCUCCACAUCCUGGCUCAAACCAAACACUUGGAGCUGAAGGAAACCCUGCAAAUCCAGGGUGCAGUGACUGUGGAGGUUCAAACUGGCCAGACACAGGCCUGACUGGGCGGAGAUAUCCUAAAUGCUGGUGGGCAAUUCCGUUAGCUUGUCCGCGAGCCGGCAUCCUUCUCUGCCCCUGCCCGGCCAGACGACAGAAUCUUGAAAAUAAAUACAUUAUUCAAAGAACUUUAGGGCCAUAUUAUAAUCUGGUCCUAAAGGGUCAUUAACUGGAUAACCUUUAACACUGCUAGAAAGUUUGGACCACCUAAAUAUUGCUGAGAGCAAAGAAGUUUGGUUCUAUCUUUUUAAAUUUAUCAUCACUGGAGGUCUGAGAAUAUCACCCACACGCUGAUCAAGUGUCCCACGGCACUCCCCACUCCCUGUGACCUGGCAGGUGGUUGGUGCCCAUCGUCAGGGCUCUGGGUAGUCAGUGACAAGCUCUGUGUCUAAAGCCCCAUCUGCUCUGUUUGACAUCAUGUGCAGAAAGGCUGGUACCAAACAUAAAAUACAAAGUUCAGUAGUUAAUCUUAACCCAAAAUUUACUCUUAACCAAUCUUGCUAGAGUUAUAUUAAGAUUUUCUUGAUUGAAGAGAGAGAGGAAGCGUGCCAGGGAAAGGUGUCUCUGGUUGUGGGAUCCUACUCCUUUGACAGUUUUGGUUUUUCAUGAAAACUUGACUGUUCAGAGCAGUUUUAGGUUCACAAUAAAACUAAACAGAAUUAGGAGAUUUCCGCCAUGCCCUGCCCCCACACUGAUGUCCCCCCGGAUGAAGCAUCUGUCACAACUGAUGGAUCUACAUCGACACAUCACUGUCACGCAGAGUCCACAGUUCAUGUCCGGGCUCAGUCCUGGUGGUGUACAUUCCGUGGUUCGGGUGGGUCUGUAUGGACACGUAUCCCUCAUUAUGGCAUCACAGAGUACCCACUGCCCGAAAAGCCCCCGUGCUCUGCCUCUGCACCCCUGCCCUCCGCCCCUGGCACCCCCAUCUUUACUGCCCCCGCAGUCCUGCCUCUUCCGGAACGCCCUGCGGCUGGAAUCCCACAGUCCGGAGCCGGCUCACGCUGGCUUCUGUCACUUAGGAACACGUGUCAGGUUCCGCCAUGUCUUGGUAGCUUGUUUCUUUUUAGGACUGAAUAAUACUCUGCUGUCUGGACAGCUUCUAUUUUAAUGAAUAUUUUAUGUUACUUGGCAAACUUUGGAACAAAAACAUUUUGAAGAUUUUCAAAAACAUUUGAACAAAAACAUUUGAAUAUUUUAUGUUACUCUGCAAACUACAGAACAAAAACUUGCCUUUUGCAAGUAUGUCUUUUCAAUGUUGAUAUACCUGCAUUACUUCUUUGGAAGGAAAAGGAUUUGGAUUAUAUGGUUAAAUAGCUUCUGUAAUACGCCAUUAAAAUAUUAAAUGCUUUA